AUGGAGAAGAAAACAGUUCUAGAAGAACUUCUUUUAAAGAAGUCACAACAGAAGAAAAAGAUAUCACCAAUUAAUUACAAGAAAAGGUUGUUUGUUCUGACAAAAGCAAACCUUUCUUAUUAUGAAUAUAACAAAGGGAAAAAAGGAAGCAAAAGGGGAUCCAUUGAGAUUGAGAAAAUCCGAUGUGUUGAGACAGUGAAUCUUGAGGAAACAACACCUCCUGCAAGACAAUAUCCUUUUCAGGUUGUGUACAAGGGUGGACUUCUCUAUGUCUAUGCCGCUAAUGAAGAGAGCCGGGAGCGGUGGCUUGCAGCUUUGCAUAAAGAAAUUAAAGACAAUUCUGAUUUACUAAACAAGUACCACAAAGGAUUCUUCAUCAAUGGGAAGUUUCUCUGUUGCAACCAGACAUGUAAAGCAGCCCCUGGAUGUACAAUUUGGGAGAAAUAUGUCACUCUGUGUUGUACAACUGAGUCUGUGAAACCACUGCCUCCAGGUCCUGAAAAGCUGUGGAAACAUAGAAGCCUGCCUCAGGUGUUAUCACCAGACAAGUCAGUCCUGAAUAUGGCUGUGGCCCGAUGCAACUGGGAGGAAACUGAAGGAAAUUCAGCUUUCCGGCUUGUCAGAAGCAAUAAAUACUAUGUAUUGCAAGAGGAAGAUUCUGGCUGGUGGCAAGUAAGGGAUUUGGAAGGGGAAAACUCCGGUGUCAGUGAACAGACAUUGGCAGAAGAGCAGAGUAUUACUAAGCAUGAUUGGUAUGCUGGUUAUGUCUCCCGUGUGCAGUGUGAACAGCUGCUCCAUCAGAAGGGAAAAGAAGGUGCUUUUAUGGUUUGGAAAUCUAGCCAAGCAGGAAUGUAUAUUGUGUCUGUAUUCAGCAAGCUUCCUGAAAGUAGAAAAGGAACAGUCAAACAUUACCAUGUGCAUAAAACCCCUCAGAACAAGUAUUACCUCACUGAAAACUACUGUUUUGGAUCAAUUCCCAAGCUUAUACACUACCAUCAGCUCAACUCAGCUGGUAUGGUGACAAGGCUCCGGCAUGCAGUGUCUACACAAGUAAAUAAAGUCCCAACCACAGCUUCAUUAGGAAAUGGAAUUUGGGAGCUGAAACGAGAAGAAAUUGUCCUGAUGAGAGAGCUAGGAAGUGGUCAAUUUGGAGUGGUGCAUCUGGGAAAGUGGAAGGGAAAAUAUGAUGUGGCCAUAAAGAUGAUUAAAGAGGGAGCAAUGUCAGAAGAUAAAUUCAUAGAAGAAGCUCAGACCAUGAUGAAAUUUAAUUAUCCCAAACUUGUUAGACUGUACGGUGUAUGCUCAAAAUUGUAUCCCAUCUAUCUAGUGACAGAAUACAUGGCUAAUGGCUGUUUGCUUAGCUACCUAAGGAGUCAUGGGAAGGAACUACAACCCCUUCAGCUUCUGGAAAUAUGUUAUGAUGUUUGUGAUGCUAUGGCAUUUCUGGAGAGCUGUCAGUUCAUACACAGAGAUUUGGCUGCUAGGAACUGUUUGGUUGACAGCAAUCUUACUGUGAAAGUAUCUGACUUUGGGAUGACCAGGUAUGUUCUGGAUGACCUGUAUGUAAGUUCACUAGGAACCAAGUUUCUGGUGAAGUGGUCAGCACCAGAAGUUUUUCAUUAUGCGAAAUUUAGCAGCAAGUCAGAUGUAUGGGCCUUUGGUAUCUUAAUGUGGGAAGUGUUCACUUUGGGAAAGCAGCCCUAUGAGCUUUAUGAUGACAUGCAGGUGAUUGAGAAAGUUUCUCAAGGAUACAGACUUUAUAGACCACAACUAGUUUCAGACAUCAUCUACCAGAUAAUGUACAACUGCUGGCAUGAGCUACCAGAAAAGCGCCCUGCCUUUUAUCAGCUCUUAUCAUUUUUUGAGGCACUGAGGGAAGAUAACAGAGCUUGA